AAGCAUGAGGAGGACGCCGCUCUUCGCGUUUCUCGCCCGGGAUGGGGCAAGUUCCUGGGGUCCCCUGUCUGGGGGCUACAGACUCCUGUCUGCCCCUCACCUGUGGCUCCUUCACUGGACUCUCACAGCUGCCGUGAAGGUGACGGUGAAUACCCCGAGCGUCCAGGUGGCCAGAGGUGGCAGCGCCUUCUUACCCUGCUCAUUUCGUACCACAGCUGCCCUCAACCGUCUGAACAUCAUCUGGACAGUCUCCCCGCUGCAGGACCCACAGCGCCCCCUGCAGGUCAUCGCGUAUGAACAGGGUCAGAUUGUUGAAAGUCUGAGCGAAUAUUUGGGACGCGCCCAGUUUGCCUUCCAGCCGACGAAAGAUGCCAGCCUCUUCAUCAACCAAACACGCAGCUCGGAUACCGGCACCUACCAGUGCACCGUGAUUAACCCUCCAGACACUGCUACGCCCAACAUCGGCCUCGUCGGACUCACUGUACUUGUUCCACCAUCGAAGCCAGAAUGCAGCAGCGAAGGUUGGGAAGCAGAAGGAGGCAGCAUUCGUCUCCACUGCUCUGUGCAGGAAGGGGUCCCUGCCCCGAGAUUUAAGUGGGAGAGAAUCCCUGACGGUCAGGUUCUGGCCACCAGCCAAGCAGAUUAUUUUGCCUCCGUCGCUCUCAAUAACGUCACGCGGGGAACAUCCGGCCUUUACCGAUGCACGGCCACCAAUCAGCUGGGAUCGCAGUCCUGCGCUGUGGAGCUCCACGUGCAAGUUGCCGUGUUGGGGACAAUGGGCAUAGUUGCCAGCGUCGCCAUCACCUUGGUCAUGGGACUUGUGCUCCUGGCUCUCUUCGCCCUGGUGCUGAUUCUCCAUCAGCAGAGCCGCGGGAAAUGGCGUGAACAGGCGGACGACGCGUGUGACUGGGUCCGGGCAGGAGAUCCUUCUCCACAAAUCCUCCAUGCUGCCAAAUACCCAGACAGCGACGCCAAUCCAUCCAGCAGGGGCCUGAAGCCUAUAUGGCUGCUCACAAGCCAGGCCGGCCAGCUCCCGACACACGUCCUCUACGACGUCCGACACAGCCGGCUUUCUCUGGCAGCCGCAUCGGAGACACCGGCGCUCGGCCUCUCCAGGUACCGGACGCAAGAUUCCUUCUCUGAAAGUGACGAAGAGGAAUCCUGGGGCCGGAGCCCGGUGCUCUCCUCGCCUGAUGCAGCACCCGUCCUGAGGAGCUCUAUGUACUCUACAAACUCUGGCUUCUUGGUGUAACAGCGGCCGACUGUCACGGUAUUAACGGACACAGGAACACGCAAUAUUCACACCAACCUAAAUCCAUC